AUGAGUUCUCAACACGUGUCUCUGAUCAAUUUAACCAGCAAGCGCGCAAAAUUGGCCGACGCAGAAGGCGGAAAUUCAACCCCAUUCAAUUGCGAGCCAGAAGCCUCGACAUCACCAGAACCGGCAAGUGAUCGACUGGCGGUAAUACGCGAAAAUGAAAAGGGGACCUGCAGUCGCAGUCAAAGCCCAGGUGGUACGAGUGUUGGUUCAACAGACUCUAAGGAAAAAUCAGGAGAUCCCUUGAAAGACUCUACUUAUUUCAAGGAACGAGAACCCUCUUUUCGUCAACCCUUUCCGCCGCCGCGGAAGACAUCAAACCCGCCCUUCAAGUCUAAAGAAUUCUAUGCCCUCUUAUGGUUAGCAGUCGGUCCAUCAAACAAUACCCGCGAGACAGCAAGAAACGAAGAUCCCCAGCGAUUGAAGAAUGACCAUCAAGAGAAGAUCGAGUCGUAUAUGAAGAGGCUACACGAAUACAUGGAAACAAACGAGAAUACAAGAACACGGAUUGGAUACCAAAACACCGCCGAAAAGAGCUUUGAGGACAUGAAUCGUGUUCUAACAGGCCUUAAAGGAAGCAAUUUUGACUCAGAACAGGCUCAGUCUUUGCAAAUGCGCUUUGCAAGUGCCGCUGAAUCAGCUUUUCAAAUAUUCCUGCCAACCAAAUGGCAAACUACCAUUUCGUCUCGAUAUUGGGGAGCUGCUAUUACGAUAAUGACUGUAUAG